ACAGUGGCCAUGUGUAGUGUCCUUGGCGACCAACACACAUGCACGGGACCCCAUUAAGCAGGCUGCUGUGUCCAGAAGCCCUAAGUGUGCAUACACACAUUUGGGGGGAGCUGGCCACAGGUGUGUGUGUGUUUGUGUGUGCUCAAAGACCUUGGACUUGGUUCCUGAGGUGAUUUUUUUCUGUUGAGCAUUUUAACCUCCAGCUUAGACUUGUGUUUGUAUUUAAAAACACUUGAACAUAAAGUGUAAACAAUCCAGCCUGUGGAAGGACAGAGGCGGCGGGCAGCCAGCAGAUGGAUCCCGUGGCCAGCAGCUGCAUGACCAGCGCUCACCCCCCAGCCUCAGUCUGGGGCUGCCUCCGGAACCCUCACUCUGAAGGCAGUGGGGCCUCGGGGCUGCCCCACUACACCCCGACCCCAUUCUCCUUCCAUCAGAAGCCAGACUUCCCAGCAGCGACAGCAGCGUACCCAGACUUCUCGACCUCCUGCCUGGCUGCCACCCCUCACAGCCUAUCCCGGGAGCAGCGUGUCUUCAACGAGCAGCACCCUGCCUUCCCACAAUCCCCCGAAUGGCACUUCCCUGUCACGGAGGCCCGGCGGAGGCUCAACCCAGGCCCCAUUGGGGGCUCCAGGGAGCUGGGGGCCAGCAGUCCUGGGCUGGUGGAUGGUGCAGGAAGCCCUGGUGAGGACUACGGGGUGCUCGGGAGCACUGCCAAUGAGCCAGAGAAGAAAUCAUCCACACAGAAAAAGGAGACUUCAGACAACCAGGAGAACCGCGGGAAGUCAGAUGGCAGCAGCAAGGCCCGCAAGGAGAGGACGGCCUUCACCAAGGAGCAGCUGCGGGAGCUGGAGGCGGAGUUUGCGCAUCACAACUACCUGACCCGGCUGCGGAGAUACGAAAUCGCGGUGAACCUGGACCUCUCCGAACGGCAGGUCAAAGUGUGGUUCCAGAACCGACGGAUGAAGUGGAAGCGCGUGAAGGGAGGUCAGCCCAUCUCCCCUCAUGGGCAGGACCCCGAGGAUGGGGACUCCGCAGCCUCUCCAAGUUCAGAGUGAAGCUCUUCUGGGAGGAAAAAGGCUGAGAACUGAGCCCCUGCCCACAAAGCCUCAGCCCAACCCCACCUCCACCUUCUCCCUGUCCCCUGCAGGACGGCCAAUUGACUCAGAUUCAGAGCUGUCUGCAUUCUGGAAGCCUGAAGCUUCCCGGAGUGUCCUCCGGGGUAGGGAGACCCUGCUCUCUGAUAGUGGAGCCUUCCCAAGGGCCUGUGCUUCCCAGUGUAGAUGGAAUCAUCCAGAGUCGGCUGGACCAGACAGAUCUGGAAACAGCUCCAAGGACGAUGGUUCUCAGGGUCUCCUGACCGCCACCCACAUCCCCUCCCACACCAGCCAGGCCUCCUCUAGGUCUGGAUUCCGCCUGGACUGCAGAAAGAGGAAUCCCAAAACCAGCUGGCCACUCAGAGACAGCAGGAUUCCAGAAAAAAGGAAACCAUGGCAACAAGCACCCUGGCCCAGCUCUCUUCCCCAGGCUCCACAGUUGAGGCUUUGGGGAUCCUUAGUUGUCCCCAAACUAUAAGCGAAAUCAGAGGAAGGAGGUUAAGGACUGCAGCUCAGAAUCUGCCACCCAGAAAUUUGUCCCUGCUCCAAAUCCAGUACCUGCGAGUAAGCAAAUGUUUGAACAUUUGACUGAAAAACAGAGACAUUGCAUGCUGUCCCCACGCAGGGCUCUCUGAGCUGGCUUCCCCAGGGCCUAAGCGAGGCCACACCCCAGCUUCACCACCAGUAAGGAGACAGUCGGAGCAGUAGGCCCUGGAGGUGGGGCAGCAAUUCCUUUCUGCAGUGAGACCUGCUCACUCGCCUUGUUGAGUUAAGGGCUGCAAGUGGCCCCUUUGUCAUAGGGAAGGGAUGGCCAGUUGAGGGCUCAGGGACAGGGAGCCCUGGAAUAGAAGGUUUGCAGCCUCAGGGCCCUGUGCUCUCAAAGAAAUCUGAUUACAAUCAGGGCAGGAUUGUAUCACACUCCAGUUGCAGCCAGCCUCUCCUAUGUGUUCCCUAGAGGCCACUCUGCUGGGAGGUUCCUGUGUAGAAACUGCUCAGGCCCCAACUGGGCUCUCUGGGUGUGCCACCGAAGGUCUAAUAGCCCCAGGACUGGGUGCCUGCAGCCUUGGAAAGAGAUGCCCCUGCCUGCUGUGGUGCUCCUUCUAUUUUUUUUUUCAGCCCCAGCUGUGGCUGCAGGGGGAAGGUCACCAAGAGUUGGGAUCACUUGCAUGAAGAUUUCACUGGCCAUGUAUAAAGAUAACUGCCCCUCCCCACCCUGAGAAGGACAAGAACGAUGGAAAAUGAUCGCCAAACGAGAUGGCUGGUUAGAGCGUGUGUGACUUUUUUUUCUAAAGCAUGCUUCAUAUAUUUUCUUAAAAUUGCAUCAAUCUAGCUGUGCAAAGACAAUUUGCAAGAAAGUUCUUGAAGAAAUAAAAUCGAUUUAAAAAAA